UCAUUUAUUUGAUUUACUCCACGUUCAGUAUCAAACAAGUGAGCUCGCGUAACGCUCGUCAUUAUGUCUCAGGAUAACCUCUCCGCUGUUCUUUACAAAACAAAGGAUUUAAAACUUGCACAAACUCCGAUUCCGCAAAUUGCAGACGAUGAGGUACUGUUGCGCAUGGACUGCGUGGGCAUCUGUGGAUCGGACGUACAUUACUGGCAGGACGGCGCAUGCGGCCACUUCAUACUCAAUUCGCCCAUGAUCAUGGGCCAUGAGGCUUCUGGUGUUGUUGAUAAGGUAGGAGCAAAAGUGAAGAACCUCAAAGCCGGCGACCGUGUUGCGAUCGAGCCGGGUGUACCAUGCCGAUACUGCGAAUUCUGCAAGACCGGACGGUACCACCUGUGCCCCGACAUCGUGUUCUGUGCUACUCCGCCUGUUCACGGCAAUCUCUGCCGUUAUUAUAAACAUGCUGCUGACUUUUGUUACAAAUUACCAGAUCACGUAAGCAUGGAAGAAGGCGCCCUUCUGGAACCUCUGUCUGUCGGAAUCCACGCCUGCCGUCGGGGUGGCGUGGCAGCUGGAGACACAGUGCUGGUGCUUGGCGCAGGGCCCAUUGGACUUGUCACUAUGCUAGCUGCCAAAGCCAUGGGAGCUGCUAAGAUCCUUAUUACAGACAUCCUUCCGUCUCGCCUGGAAUUCGCAAAGCAGAUAGGAGCUGAUCACACUCUGUUAGUGACAAGAGAGUCGAAUGAAGCUGACCUUGUUAAAAAAGUCCAUGAGCUGUUGGGCGGACAUCCUGAUAUCUCGAUUGAUGCUAGCGGGGCUCAAGCCACUGUGCGGUUGGCUUUGUUGGCAACCAAAUCCGGCGGCGUGGCAGUGCUUGUAGGCAUGGGCAGCCCAGAACUGACGGUGCCGCUGGCUGGAGCGGUGGCACGCGAGGUGGACAUACGCGGGAUCUUCCGAUAUGUUAAUGAGUACCCAAUAGCCCUGUCCUUGGUAGCAAGUGGGAAGAUCGACGUAAAGCCUCUUGUGACCCAUCACUAUACCCUGGAAGAAACCCUUGAAGCUUAUGAGGUCGCGAGACAGGGCCUUGGCAUUAAAGUCAUGAUCCACGUCCAGCCCAGAAAUGCCAAUAAUCGUAUCAAAUUUUAAUUUAUAAAUAAUGACAAGAGCCUGAUUACUAAGAUUGAUUUUACAAUGUGCAAAUGUAGACUAAGACAAAAAUGUAAAUUCUUAUUUGAAUAGAUAUGUAUCAUCAUCAUUUGAAAAGU